ACCGUCCCGCAUCCUCCCGGGCGCCCGACGCUCUGACUUGCUCGCCCGGGAGCCCCAGCACCCCCUCCUCGACUGAGCCGGCGAGGGCCGCUGGGAGGGAGGAAGAUAAAGCCCCCCGCCCGGGCGGGGUGCGCGCGGAGCCAAACAAGCGCGGAGGUUUUGGGGCUACCGCGGCGGCGCAGGAGUUACAAAGUCGCAGCGCAAGCCUCUGGCACCGCUGCGCAGCCCGAUCAGCGGCGGCGCCCCCCAUUGUGGCGCCCCCAGGCCAGGCCAGCCGCCCGGGAUCUGGGCUGGGGCGCGGCGGGAGCCCGGAGCCCGGCGCCCCUAUGGGCCACCUCGCCGCCGCCGCGCCACAGCUAUGACCCUGAGCACGGAGAUGUCCGAUGCCUCCGGCCUCGCCGAGGAGACAGACAUCGACGUGGUGGGGGAGGGCGAGGACGAAGACGACGAGGAAGAGGAGGACGACGACGAGGGCGGCGGUGGCGUGUCCCGGCUGGCUGUCCCCGCGCAGCGGCGGCGACGGCGGCGCUCGUACGCCGGGGAAGACGAGCUAGAGGACCUGGAGGAGGAGGACGACGACGAUGACAUCCUGCUGGCCCCGCGGACAGGGGGCUCGCCGGUGCCCCCGGGCCCAGCCCCGGUGGCAGGCGCCGGGACCGGCUGCGGCGGCAGCGCGGGCGCGGGCGGCGGCGGGGGCGGCGGCGUGAGCGCGGGCGGCGGCGUCAAGAACCCCCUGGUGAAGCCGCCCUACUCGUACAUCGCGCUCAUCACCAUGGCCAUCCUGCAGAGCCCCAAGAAACGGCUGACGCUGAGCGAGAUCUGCGAGUUCAUCAGCGGCCGCUUCCCCUACUACCGGGAGAAGUUCCCCGCCUGGCAGAACAGCAUCCGCCACAACCUCUCGCUCAACGACUGCUUCGUCAAGAUCCCCCGCGAGCCUGGCAACCCCGGCAAAGGCAACUACUGGACGCUCGACCCCGAGUCCGCCGACAUGUUCGACAACGGCAGCUUCCUGCGCCGGAGGAAGCGCUUCAAGCGGCAGCCGCUGCUCCCCCCCAACGCCGCCGCCGCAGCCGAGUCGCUGCUGCUGCGCAGCGCGGGGGGCGCGGGGGGCGCUGGGGACCCAGCCGCCGCCGCCGCCGCCGCCGCCGCCGCGCUCUUCCCGCCGGCGCCCCCGCCGCCCCCGCACGCUUACGGCUACGGCCCCUACGGCUGCGGCUACGGCCUGCAGCUGCCGUCCUACGCGCCGCCCUCAGCCCUCUUCGCCGCGGCCGCCGCCGCCGCCGCCGCCUUCCACCCGCACUCGCCCCCGCCGCCCCCGCCGCCCCCGCCGCCUCACGGCGCGGCCGCGGAGCUGGCCCGGACCGCCUUCGGCUACCGGCCUCACCCGCUCGGCGCCACCCUGCCCGGCCCCCUGCAGGCCUCGGCGGCCAAGGCGGGCGGCCCGGGCGCCUCGGCGCUGGCGCGCUCCCCCUUCUCCAUCGAGAGCAUCAUUGGGGGCAGCCUGGGCCCCGCCGCCGCCGCCGCCGCCGCCGCGCAGGCCGCCGUCGCUGUGCAGGCCUCGCCCUCCCCCUCUCCAGGGACACCGUCCGCGCCCGGGUCCGGCGGUGGCGGCGGCGGCGGCUGCGCGGCUCAGGCGGCCGUGGGACCGGCCGCCGCGCUCACCCGUUCCCUCGUGGCCGCCGCGGCCGCCGCCGCCUCCUCCGUCUCCUCGUCCGCCGCCCUGGGGACUCUGCACCAAGGGACUGCCCUGUCCAGUGUCGAGAACUUUACUGCUAGGAUCUCAAAUUGUUAAUAACGCUAUGUUAGCGCGCUUGAGAAAGAGAAGGUAGGAAUCCCGGCCCCUUUUUUCAUCUGGGUGGUUUUGUGUUUUGUUCCCUCCUCCCGGCGCGGCCCUUCCCGACCUCGCGCCCCCAUUCCACCGCUUUGGAUUCUCAGAUGAGACUGUCUGGCAACUGCUAGGGCGCGCUUUUCUGCUCUGCAAGUCCCUCUUAUUUAUGCAAAGUCGCCCUAUGCUGCAGCCCCCCAACCUAGGGCGGGGAGGAAGAGGGUGCUGGUGGGGAUCCGCCCUGUCUAGGCACAAGGGGCUUCCUUGACUUUGGGAAAAUUUUUAAAACCUAAGCCUUUUUGAGGUCUAGAGAGUCUCAGGUCCAGGCGUUAAAAGGAAAAAAAAAAAAAAAAGGAUCGAUAAUGUUCAAAAGAAGAUUAAUACAAAAAAUAGUAAAGGUCCCGAAGAAUGCCAGAGAAGCAAUAGUUUUUAUUUGAGAACACUUGUCUGGUGUACUUUUUCAUGAAAAGAAAAAAAUGAUUAACAUGUUUACAUAAGGAAAAAAGUCAGAAUUAUCAUUUCUUAUUUUAACCUGUGUUUUGUAUCAUAAUAGACAUGAGGAAUUUUUAUUUUGUACUUACUGCGUAUUCUUUGCAAGGAGUAUUGUAAAUUUUGACUGGCAAUUAUUGUACUAUUCUAAUGUAAGAUUUUUACACUUUUUUAGAAAUAAAUGCUUAAUUUUCAAAGAAAAUUCUCAAAAAGAAUCGGCUUCAGUCAUCCCCUUCUUAGUUUAUUGUCUUUUCUGCUAAAAAAGUUUCCUUGUGAGAUAAGUAGGAACCCAUUAUGAAAUAGAAAAAUAAUAUUUUCAAAGACAACAAAA